AAUCACCCCUCAUAUUGUGACCAUUUUUUUAUCACACAUUCCCCUUUUUCGGCUCUUAGUUAUCUUCAUUAUCAGUUAGGUAACUCGUUCACGCACACGAUCGUACACAAUUUCGGAACUAAAAGCCAAAUCCCUCAAAGGAACAAUGGCAGGCAGAUUUUUAGCAAAUCGCUUGCGGCCUAUGAUAAUACAAAGUCGUGGACUAUUUACAGAAGAUAGAAUUGGGAAUAGAGAUGUUGUGGGUUUUGGCUACAAUGGGGAACCGACCUAUUUGGAUAGAUCAGAUUUUCCAAUGCCUGCAAUCCGUUGGAAAGAGAAUACUCCUGAUAUUAUGGCUCUGAGAGAAAAGGAAAAGGGAGACUGGAAAAAGUUAAGCAUUGAAGAGAAAAAGGCCUUGUAUCGUGCUAGUUUUCGCCAGACAUUCAGUGAAAUGGAUGCUCCGACAGGCGAAUGGAAAGGCAUGAUAGGAAUGAGUAUGUUGGUUAUAACCAGUGGCAUAUGGUUAUACUUAUACUUCAAAACGUUUGCAUAUCCACCAUUGCCAGAAACACUCACGGAUCCAGAGCGCCGAUUGGCACAGUUAGACCGUAUAAAGAAACUCGACAUGAAUCCGAUUGAUGGCAUUUGUGCUCGAAAGUAAAAUUAAUUAGUCUCUACUCCAAUAUUUAGUAAUUGUACAGUAAACCAUUUUCUCCUUAAAUAUUGUGCUUAAAUACUGUAUGUCAUGCCUGAUGUGACAAAAUUUGAAUAAAUGCCAUGGAUACGCGAAAAAAUUAUUCGGCAUUGAGAAAAGUA